AUGGCCACAAAUAAAGAUUCUCAGCUCAAUGUCUCGAGCAACGAGCUGGUCGUGGUUCAAAACCUGAGUUCGGCACUUGAACGAAGCGUUUGUCCGUUAAAGAGAUUGUAUGGGAAACAUUACCCUCCUGGUUUCCACAGAAAGGUGGCGGCUGAGAUAAUAGCGACGUAUCUGCUGGUGUUCGUCACUUGCGGGUCGGCGGCGAUGAGCGUGAGUGACGAGCGCAGAGUGUCACGGCUAGGGGCGUCUGUUGCGGGCGGGCUGGUGGUGACCGUCAUGAUCUACGCAGUGGGCCACAUCUCCGGGGCCCACAUGAACCCUGCCGUCACCCUCGCUUUCGCCGCCGUCCGCCACUUCCCAUGGAACCAGCUCCCGUUUUAUGCUGCUGCUCAACUAACAGGAGCAGUCUCCGCUGCAUUCACUCUACGCAUGCUCCUGCAUCCUAUCAAACAUGUUGGUACCACUUCGCCUUCAGGAUCGGAUGCCCAAGCCUUGACCAUGGAGAUUGUGGUCACGUUUUCCAUGAUGUUCGUCACUUCGGCUGUGGCCACUGACACCAAAGCUAUUGGAGAGCUCGCAGGUAUAGCAGUUGGCUCUGCGGUAUGCAUAACAUCAAUAUUGGCUGGACCGAUAUCAGGUGGAUCUAUGAACCCAGCAAGGACCAUAGGACCAGCACUUGCCAGUUCAUACUUCAAGGGACUAUGGGUGUAUAUAGUUGGGCCGGUGACAGGGACGCUUCUUGGGGCGUGGUCUUACAGUCUUAUCCGAGUCUCAUAUAAGCCGGCACAUGAGAUCACACCAUCGUUUUCUUUCAAAAUUCGACGAACAAGGAGCUCCGAUGGCCCGGCCAACAAUGAACUCUCUUAA